CACUGCCUUAGUUAGGUCAGUGUUAGUCAGCUUUUGCAUAGCUGUGACCAAAACACCUGACAAAAACAACUCAGGGAGGAAAAGUUUAUUUAGGGCUCACAGUUUCAGAGGUCUCAGUCCAUAAACAGCUGACUCCAUUCCUCUGGGCUUAAGGUUAGCAGCACAUCAUGGAGGGAAGAGACCAGCUGAGGAAAAUAGAUCAGUUUAUGGGAGGAUGAGGAAGCAGAGAGGGGGAAAGGGCUGCAGACAAGAUGUGCCCUUUCAGGGGACACCCCCAGUCACUCAUCUUCAGGCAUGCCCCAGUAGUCAGUCCAUUCAAACUAGCAUGGACUGAGUAGGUUACAGUCCUCAUAUAAUUUAAUAAUGUCACCUCUGACUAUUCCUGCAUUAAGAGGAGUCUGGGGGGGAUACCUCAUAUCCAAACCAUAACAGUCUGUCAGGAAUGGAAAUGUACUAUGUGACUUUCGCUCUCUGGCCCUCACUUUUCUCACCUGUACAGUAGGAAUACUAGUUAGGCAUGGUGGUUCAUGCCUGUAAUCCCAGCUGCUCAGGAGGUGAAGCAGGAGAAUCACUGAUUUGAGGCCAGUCUUGGCAACUCAGCAGGACCGUCUCAAUAGUUAAAAGGCGGACAGGGCUGGGGACGUAGCUAGGUGGUAAAGUGCCCCCAGGUUUAAAUCCCAGACUGCUAAAAAGGGGGUAGGACAACUUCCUGACUGCCUACUUGCCAGCCUCCCAAGAGAAAUAAAAAAAAGAUCAAAUGCUGAUGAGCCUCUAGAAUCCUGUUAAGGUCAUCAGCAUCCUCAUUGUAGAGCACUACACACAUGACUUGAGAAGUAGAAAUAGAACUACCAGGGGCCUUGCCUCUCAAAGGAGAGCUUAUUAUUUUUUGGUACCAGGAAUUGAACCCGGGGAAGUUUAACCAUUGAGCUACAUCCCCAGCCCUUUUUAUUUUGAGACCAGGUCUCAAGUUGCUGAGGCUGGCUUUGAACUUGUGAUCCUCCUGCCUCAGCUUACCAAGUUUCUGGACUUACUUGUGUGCACCACUGCACUUGGCUUGAAGGAGGAUUUAUAAUGAGUGUCAAAUGAGUCGGGGACACUAAUGUUAACCUUGACUGGUGGCUCUGAGUAUUCCCUGCAGCCUGAAAGGAGACCUUGUCCAGGUGCUGAAGGCUCCAGGCCUCCUCUUUCCCAAAAGGAUUUCCAGUAGGUAUUCUUGAGAUCAGAUGUGGGAGUAGUCUCCUGUCCCCCUCCACAUUAUCCUGGCUGAUCAGACUGCCAGAAGCGGCCCUAAACUUGUGCUUCAAGGCGUCUUGGGUACCCCCAACUGCCAUCUUUCCCCAUUCCUUCCCAAGCUCAGAACUGGGAGAACCUUUUUAGGGGGAAGAAAAUCGAGUUCUACCCCAUAUACCACCUAAUACUUCCGGUCUUCUGGGUCCAGAGGAACCGUUUGGCAAUGACGCAGAGUGGAAAAGUCUGCGAUCAGCACAGCCCAGUCAGUGCCGAAGCAGAUGCAGGACAGCAGAAAAUGAGGAAAGAGUUGGGACCUGACCAGCCAGGUCUAAGCUCCUGGGCCUCUAGCCCUGAGUAUCGUUCCCGGGAGUAGGGCGCCCCCGUGUGUCUUAGAGGAACCAUGCUUGUGGAGUGGGAACUAUAUCCUGAGUGAGCAAGGUCUGGACAGAAUUCAGAAGUAAUUCUCUCCUCUUAAAUGUAGGGUUUUUGGCCAGGCAUGGUGGCGUAUGCCUGUAAUCCCAGUGACUCCGGAGGCUGAGGCAGGACGAUUGAAAGUUUAAGGCCAGCCUCAGCAACUUUGCAAGACUCUGUCUCAAAAUUUAAAAUUGAAAAAAGAGCUGGGGACAUAGCUCAGUGGUAAAGGGCCCCCGGGCUCAAUCCCCAGUACCAAUAAUUAAUUAAUUACUUAAUUAAGGGCUGGAGAUGCAGCUCAGAGGUAAAGUGCCCUUUAGUUAAUCCCCAAUACCUAAAAAUAAUGAUUUCAAUCCCCCUAAAAAUGUGAUCCCAGUCAGAGCAUUGGGACUAUAUCUCUUCUGUAGGUUUUCCUAGGAGUUUGAAAGUAUUUUAGGAUCCUGGAAGGAUUGCAAAUUCGAGGCCAGCUUAGGCAACUUAGAAAAAUCCUGUCCCCAAAAAUAAUAAAAUAAAAGGGGUGGAGCUAGGGACGUAGUUCAGUGGUAGAGCUCCCCUGGGUUCAAUCCCUAGUACCACAUAAUUUAAAAAAAAAAAAAUGUGAGUGAAGUCCUAUUUGGAUUUAGGUGCAAAUACCAAGUGGAUGCAAAGCCCUGCCACCUCCUCUUUACCUUCGGAUAAACUCACCGGCCUCUCUCCUUCCUCCUGCUUUUUCUCCUGUUGGUUUAGGAAGUGUGGAAGUGUGGGGAGUUGCCAUGACAACUCUGUUCUCUUACCCUUAGCAAAAUGGGGGUUGGGGGGCGCAGGAGGAGGAGGAGCUGAAAAGAGGCAAUGAAAGGUCUAUUCCCUGACCAGAUCAUUUUCCAAACCCUUGCAUACCCGGCUUUCUUGCCAGGAUUCCACAAAAUGUUUCAAAAGAAGGUUAUGGGGAGUUUGUACUGCCCCUCUGCCCUUACCUGCUCUAGGAACUUUGGGGGUGGGUCCUUCAAAUGAUGAGGCCAGCAUUCUUCCCUAGCCAGGGGAAGGUGGGAAGAGUCCUAGGGUCCGAGAACCUCUGCCAGUCCAGUCCUCCUGCUCCGCCCACACAGAACCCACUUGGGUGGUGGCUGAGACAGCCCAGACCGCCCCCGGGCUUUGAGGGCGGAGCUUGGCCACAAAGCUCUCCUGCAGAACCAUGAACCGCUGCCCCCGCAGGUGCCGGAGCCCGUUGGGGCAAGCAGCAAGAUCCCUCUACCAGCUGGUGACUGGGUCCCUGUCCCCAGACAGCGUAGAGGAUGAAUUUGAACUGUCCACUGUGUGUCACCGACCAGAAGGUCUGGAGCAGCUGCAAGAGCAAACCAAGUUUACGCGCAAGGAGUUGCAGGUCCUGUACCGGGGCUUCAAGAACGAAUGUCCCAGCGGAAUUGUCAAUGAAGAGAACUUCAAGCAAAUUUACUCCCAGUUCUUUCCUCAAGGAGACUCCAGCACUUACGCUACUUUUCUCUUCAACGCCUUCGACACCAACCAUGAUGGCUCUGUCAGUUUUGAGGACUUUGUUGCUGGUUUGUCGGUGAUUCUUCGGGGAACCAUAGAUGACAGGUUGAAUUGGGCCUUCAACUUGUAUGACCUCAACAAAGAUGGCUGUAUCACCAAGGAGGAAAUGCUUGACAUCAUGAAGUCCAUUUAUGACAUGAUGGGCAAGUACACAUACCCUGCACUCCGAGAGGAGGCCCCAAGGGAACACGUGGAGAGCUUCUUCCAGAAGAUGGACAGAAACAAGGAUGGUGUGGUGACCAUUGAGGAAUUCAUUGAAUCUUGUCAAAAGUGCUGGGGGUUGAAUUCAGUGUUCCACAAAUCACAAAUACUAGGGUUCCAGUCCCGUGGCCCAACGGACGGAAGCCGAAGAGGACCUGCAGAGGUGGCGGCGGCCGGUGGCAGGAGGAUGGUGCAGAAGGAGAGCCAGGCGGCGCUGGAGGAGCGGGAGAAUGAACUCAGUUCUAACCCAGCCGCCUCUGCGGGCGCAUCGUUGGAGCCGCCGGCAGCUCCAGCCCCUGGGGAAGACAACCCAGGAACCGGGGCUGGGGGAGCGGCAGUGACCGGGGCGGCAGGAGGGGCUCGGAGGUUCUUGUGUGGCGUGGUGGAAGGAUUUUAUGGAAGACCUUGGGUUAUGGAACAGAGAAAAGAACUCUUUAGAAGGCUCCAGAAAUGGGAAUUGAAUACAUACUUGUAUGCCCCAAAAGAUGACUAUAAACAUAGGAUGUUUUGGAGAGAAAUGUAUUCAGUGGAGGAAGCUGAGCAACUUAUGACUCUCAUCUCUGCUGCCCGGGAAUAUGAGAUAGAGUUCAUCUAUGCUAUCUCACCUGGAUUGGAUAUCACUUUUUCUAACCCUAAGGAAGUAUCUACAUUAAAACGCAAAUUGGACCAGGUUUCUCAGUUUGGAUGCAGGUCAUUUGCUUUGCUUUUUGAUGAUAUUGACCAUAAUAUGUGUGCAGCAGACAAAGAGGUAUUCAGUUCUUUUGCUCAUGCACAAGUCUCCAUCACAAAUGAAAUUUAUCAGUACCUAGGAGAGCCAGAAACUUUCCUCUUCUGUCCUACAGAAUAUUGUGGCACUUUCUGUUAUCCAAAUGUGUCUCAGUCUCCUUAUUUAAGGACUGUGGGUGAAAAGCUUCUACCUGGAAUUGAGGUCCUUUGGACAGGUCCCAAAGUUGUUUCUAAAGAAAUUCCAGUAGAGUCUAUUGAAGAGGUUUCUAAGAUUAUUAAGAGAGCUCCAGUAAUCUGGGAUAACAUUCAUGCUAAUGAUUAUGAUCAAAAGAGGUUAUUUCUGGGCCCAUACAAAGGAAGAUCUACAGAACUCAUCCCACGGUUAAAAGGAGUCCUGACUAAUCCAAAUUGUGAAUUUGAAGCCAACUAUGUUGCUAUCCACACCCUUGCUACUUGGUACAAAUCAAACAUGAAUGGAGUGAGAAAAGAUGUAGUGAUGACUGACAGUGAAGACAGUACUGUAUCAAUCCAGAUAAAGUUAGAAAAUGAAGGCAGUGAUGAAGAUAUUGAAACUGAUGUACUCUAUAGUCCUCAGAUGGCUCUAAAGCUAGCUUUAACAGAAUGGUUGCAAGAGUUCGGUGUACCUCAUCAGUAUAGCAGUAGGCAAGUUGCACACAGUGGAGCUAAAGCAAGUGUAGUUGAUGGGGCUCCCUUAGUCGCAGCUCCCUCUUUAAAUGCCACAACAGUAGUUACAACAGUUUAUCAGGAGCCCAUUAUGAGUCAGGGAGCAGCUCUGGGUGGUGAACCUACACCUCUGACCAAGGAAGAAGAAAAGAAACAGCUAGAUGAGGAACCCAUGGACAUGGUAGUAGAGAAACAAGAAGAAACAGAUCACAAGAAUGACAAUCAAAUACUAACUGAAAUUGUUGAAGCUAAAAUGGCAGAGGAAUUGAAACCGAUGGACACUGAUAAAGAAAGCAUAGCUGAAUCAAAAUCCCCAGAGAUGUCUAUGCAAGAAGACUGUAUUAGUGAUAUUGCUCCUAUGCAGACUGAUGAACAGACAAACAAGGAGCAGUUUGUGCCAGGUCCAAAUGAAAAGCCUUUGUACACUGCAGAACCAGUGACUCUAGAAGAUUUGCAGUUACUUGCUGAUCUGUUCUACCUACCUUAUGAGCAUGGACCCAAAGGAGCACAAAUGUUACGGGAAUUCCAGUGGCUUCGAGCAAAUAGCAGUGUAGUUAGUGUCAAUUGCAAAGGCAAAGACUCUGAAAAGAUUGAAGAAUGGAGGUCUCGAGCGGCCAAGUUUGAAGAGAUGUGUGGACUAGUGAUGGGAAUGUUCACUCGGCUUUCCAAUUGUGCCAACAGGACAAUCCUUUAUGACAUGUACUCCUAUGUUUGGGAUAUCAAGAGUAUAAUGUCUAUGGUGAAGUCUUUUGUACAGUGGUUAGGGUGUCGUAGUCAUUCUUCAGCACAGUUCUUAAUUGGAGACCAAGAACCCUGGGCCUUUAGAGGUGGUCUAGCAGGAGAGUUCCAGCGUUUGCUGCCAAUUGAUGGGGCAAAUGAUCUAUUUUUCCAACCACCCCCACUGACUCCUACCUCCAAAGUUUAUACUAUCAGACCAUAUUUUCCUAAAGAUGAGGCUUCCGUGUACAAGAUUUGCAGAGAAAUGUAUGAUGAUGGAGUGGGUUUGCCUUUUCAAAGUCAACCUGACCUUAUUGGAGACAAAUUAGUAGGAGGACUGCUUUCCCUCAGCCUGGAUUACUGUUUUGUCCUAGAAGAUGAAGAUGGUAUAUGUGGUUAUGCCUUGGGCACUGUAGAUGUGACCCCCUUCAUUAAAAAAUGUAAAAUUUCCUGGAUUCCAUUCAUGCAGGAGAAGUACACAAAGCCAAAUGGUGACAAAGAACUCUCAGAGGCUGAGAAAAUAAUGUUGAGUUUCCAUGAAGAACAGGAAGUGUUGCCAGAAACUUUCCUCGCCAACUUCCCUUCUCUGAUCAAGAUGGAUAUUCACAAAAAAGUAACUGACCCAAGUGUAGCCAAGAGUAUGAUGGCUUGCCUCCUGUCUUCACUGAAAGCUAAUGGCUCCCGGGGGGCUUUCUGUGAAGUGAGACCAGAUGAUAAAAGAAUUCUGGAAUUUUACAGCAAGUUAGGCUGUUUUGAAAUUGCAAAAAUGGAAGGAUUUCCAAAGGAUGUGGUUAUACUUGGUCGGAGCCUGUGACACUGUUGGCACCAUGAACUGUCCAAAACUCUUAACUCCACCUUAUGGUUGGUGGUUGGGGUCUUCAUACAGUUCUGCGUCUGGAGCAGCAACAUAUCAGUCCAUUUGAAUUGAAAACAAAGACGACUUUGUUAAAACUCACCCAUCACACUUUCAGACUCCUUACUGGUUGGAAGAAGAUAGUAUACUGCUGCAAAUUCUGUAUGAAACAGAGAUGUGGGGCCCUUCUUCUGGGUCUUGUGUCUUGUGUUAGGUGCCAAGACACCUUAGGUGGGCUUAUAGGGAGGGUCUUUAAUAAAUGUAGUCAGCACUAUUUUUCUGUAUCCAGUGUUGCAUUUCUCACCUAAGAGUAAUCAAAAUCACUUCUGGCAUCCUCUUUGGUUUAUUGAAUGAAAUGUCUCAUUCUUUGGAGACAUGCAGAGUUGAGAAAGAUUUUAGUGGGUUUCAGAGCCUUCAGGGUUGAUUUUCCAGGUGGGAUGGUUGUGGCAUUAGUUUAAGAUGAAUAAAUGAUUUCAAUUUGGGGCAGUUUUUCUGCUUUUUGUAAAGCUAUGGCCGAUUGUCUCCUGUAGUAACCAUUGGUUCAGGCAUGUUGUACUUUGUAGGGACAAAUGUGCAGUUGUUUGUGUAAAAGCCUAAAACUGACAAACUUGUAAAUUUCUUUGUAUAUAAACUAGCUGUAACUUGACUAUCCUUUUGUUUCUUGUUUUUGGUAAUUUUUUUUUUUUUUUUUUUUUUUUUAAUGAAAAGGUGUUUAGGAUGGCACUUUGAAUUAGCAAAUCAAUGGAAGGUGAAUUUUCCUUCCCCCCACCCCAUAAUAAGUUUUAAAGUGCCUCCCACUUAGGGCUAGGCCAUAACCUUUUUGGGUACAAGAGCCUAAUUUCUUAGAUCUGUUGCAAAAUGCAGUCACUUCUGGAAAUUAAUAACAGAUCAGCAUGUGAAAUGUUCGUUUUGACAUCUGUCAAAUAGGGUAAGAAGACUGAAUGGUUUUUGCCCUUAGAUCAGUUGUCCUUUAAUCUCAAGACUUGUUACUACUGAUUUAAAUCAGUCUUUAAUUCUUGCAUGAUUUUAUCUAAUUUUUAAAAGAAUGAGCACACUUUAACCAAUGAUUUAUGGCUACCCCUGUUUUUCCUUUAAUCACAGGUUCUGAAAGCUUCAUGUAUUUUAAUUUAGAAUUGGUGUUUUUUAAGGGUUCUGUGCAUGAGGCUGGCAGGUAAUCUCUGCAGGACUCAUUUUUUUCAUCAUGGCUGGCUGACUUCUCCAUAGAUUCAUAACAGUAUUUUUGUUAUCUUGCUUCCCAGCAGUUUUGCAUCAGCUAUUUAACUUUCAGCUCAAUGAGGGGAGAGGGAGGGAUAAAGAAGGAAACUUGAAACAGAUUUUCCUUGGUAUAUCUCCACUAGUGUGGGCUUUGAGUGAGUCUUAAAGCAUUGUAUGUAGUGGUAUCUAGUGACUUCCAGUGGAGGCCCAAGUGUGUGCCCUGUGGGUGAGGAGGAAGGAAGUCUCUUUGUUCUUAGGGUAGAACUCUUUUAACUGAUAAAAUGUAAUGUGUUGGCAAGCUGAAAACAAAUUUGCAUUUUUGAGGGCUGAGGUGAAGGUGAGAUCCCUACUAAAUAUUAAGACAGUUGAAUGUUAGUCUUUGACAUCUCAAGCACUCAAACAUUUUAUCUGGAGGAUUUUGGAGUUAUCCUCAUGGAAUCAGGAUUUUAAAACAAGUGCUUUUGGUUUUAUCUUGGCUUUUAGUAAUCCCUUUGGCUGGCCUCUGGUCACACGUGCUAACUGUGCAAUAGAUGUCCAGGUCUAUACCUUCAUCACUAUAGGAUCAUAAAGUGCUAUGCUAUCUUCCAUGGUUAUGAAUAUUUAUUAAGGUUGGAAUGACAUUUCUUUGUUUAGAUCACAACUCAGUUCCUGUAGAAAACGAACUGUAAAACUAUCUGAAGACCAUGCAAGAGGCUAAAUAAAACUUGAAGUGAA